AUGGCGCGAAUGAAAUAUCCUGGAACUAAGAAGGCCCGAUGUGCUCCUGAGAAAAAGGAGAAUUUUACCAUGUCCAGAUUGAUUAAACAAGAGCAGCUUGGAGAAAAGCUUAAGAGCUCAGUCAAGAAACCAGUUUGUAUCAGCCUUCGAAAAUACCGUGAAAUCUUCGGAGAUUCCGAUGAAGAGGAAGAAGAAUUUUAUGGUUUUCGUUCUGAGGAUUUGGGUUUGAAAGCUUAUCGCUCUUUCUCUGUCAAAGAUUAUUUGGAUGGCAGCGAAAGAGUUAGUUAUCGUAAAGAUGGCGCCAGAGACCGGCCAUCAAGACAUUCAAGUGGUAAUGUGCCUAAAACACUCACAACUGAAUCCCUUCAGCGUAAGAACAACGCGAGUGAAGCAGAUAAUAAACCUUCCGCAGCAUCAACGAGCCAAAAUGUGUACGCGAAGCAGUACAGAAAGAGAGAUUCGUACGAAAGAAGAUUCGCGCGACCCUCCAAAGAAUUCGACAAGGCUUGUCUGUCACCAAACGUGAAAUCAACAACACAAGUCAGAGCGAAUUUUGUACCGCGGGUCCAGAAACCUUCAAUGGGUGAAGGAAUCAAGCGCCAUAUAUCGCCUAACACACAUAAUAUCAAUUUCCAUUUAAAGAAAAAGGCUGUGCCUCUGGCGAAACAAUUGGUUGCAAAAGCGAAGGAGGGCCAGAGAAUUCGGAAGCAAAGAAAGUUUGAUGAAGUAAACAAAGAGGGCCAACCAUUACGAUCGCGGUCUGGCCGUGUAGUGAAAAGUAAAAAGUUAGACUAUGACGAUGUCACAUCGCCGAAAUUUAAAAUCAGCGGAGAUGAAAGGAGCACAACUGGAUCGUCAAACUAUGUUAAUCGAGUCGCUCAGAAAAGACGCUUGGAAGACGGCGAAGUUCCUCCGAACAAAGCUUUUCGAACUGCGAAGGUGAAACUGGAAAAAGUGGAGUUACCAGGUGAUCAACGAGUCUACGUGAAUAAUCCAGAUUCACCCACUGGAUUUGAAAUCCAGACAUUGAGUUCUGCUGACUUGCAGGGCUCUAGAUUUGGAUUUACAGAUGUGCCAUCUCAAGGAUCAUUGCCAAAUAAUGCACCUCAGCAUUCUUCUUACAGCAGGAAAGUUCGUAUCAAAAAUUCUGCAAGGAUGAAAAAUGUAAAGAAUGCCAAAAUUCAUUAUCAACCUGCUAAAUUCCCAAUCCAAGGUAUACAGAGAGUGAAAACUAUUAGAACUUCCAAUUUAUCACAGACUUUGAAAUUGCAGAGACCUACCAAAGGUCAGUCGAGUAAUAAAGAAACCUGUGGAAAGAGAUCAGAGAGAAUCAAAAUUAAGAAACAGAAUGAUGAACUCUUUUCAGUGAAAAGUGUUGAGGAAGAGAUGGAAGAUCAAGCUAGCAAUGGAUCUUCACAUUCAGAGGUUUCAUCCACACACAGCGAUGUUUCAAGUAGGAAAACACCCGGCUCGGCUCACAAACAUUUUUUUAAAUCAAAACGAUUGCAAGAGUUGCAGGAAAAGAUUGAGAGUGAAACAAAAGAAGAUACAUUUAUGAACAUUGCAGAAGAGACUGCAUGUAGGGCAGUGGAAAUACGGAGACAUUCAAAAGAGCAAAAUGAAGUUGGUGUAGACUCUGAUGCAGAAAGAAAAAGUAGACCAAGAUCAAGACGCCCAAGUCAAGAAGAAAGCAGGAGUUCUGCGGAUGAGGGACCAGCUUCUGAAAAAUCAGUUCCAGCAAAGAAAAAACAACCAUAUGCAAAAAAGACACAAUUAUCAAGGCUACAAGCCUUGCGAGAGGAUGGUGAAUUACCUAGUUCAAGUGAUGAUGAGGAAAGUAGUAAGCCACUUUCACAGGUCAAAAAAGAGCUUAAGAAAGAGCAGAGGGAAGAAAACCAGGAAAGAGUAGUAAAGAAAGUUAUCAAAGUUGUUAGGAAAAUAAGAACAAAGAGUGGAGAAACAAAAACAAAGGUUGUGAAAAUAAUUAAGAAAAUUGGUGUUCGGAAAAAGGAGAGGGACACUAACAUUCCAUUGGUUCCAGGAAGAAGAAGGAUUCGCUGUGGUCAAUGUGUAGGAUGCAAAGUCCUAGAUGAUUGUGGUGUAUGUCGCUGGUGCAUAGACAAGCCGAAGUUUGGGGGACCGGGUACUAGCAAACAGUCAUGUGUGUAAGUAUAUGUUUACUUUUGCU